UAUGACAGCAGUACCAAACCUCGUUUCCAAAACGAAAGUGUAUCCCAAUGCACUUCGAAAUGUACACAAAAGUAUGCCCGCAACGAGACUGGCUGGUCGCGGGAAACCAUCAUGGCAGAUCAAGAAAAUAAAGAGGAGAUGAUGGACACAGUAACACCAGAUUCUGCCCUUAAAGAUGCUGUAGUAGUGAAACCAAACAAAUCUGAUGAUCGCCCUCGAUUUGAGCUACCAUGGUUGGAGAAGUAUCGCCCUACAGUCCUGACCGAUGUUGUGGGUAAUGAAGAAACGAUCAGUCGCCUUGGUGUAUUUUCCAAGGAAGGGAAUGUACCCAAUCUCAUCAUAGCUGGUCCUCCUGGAACUGGUAAAACCACCAGUAUUUUGUGUUUGGCAAGGACAUUACUUGGCCCAUCCUACAAGGAUGCAGUUUUGGAAUUGAAUGCCUCAAAUGACAGAGGAAUAGAUGUUGUUAGGAACAAGAUCAAAAUGUUUGCACAGCAGAAAGUUACAUUGCCAAAAGGGAAACACAAGGUCAUUAUUCUUGAUGAAGCUGACAGUAUGACUGAUGGUGCCCAGCAAGCUCUACGACGUACCAUGGAAAUUUAUUCAAAAACAACAAGAUUUGCACUUGCAUGCAAUGCAUCAGAUAAAAUUAUAGAACCUAUCCAGUCAAGAUGUGCAGUCCUGCGGUACAGCAAGUUAACAGACGCACAAGUGUUACAUCGUCUGCUUGAGAUAAUUGAGAAAGAGGGUGUCAGCUAUACCGAUGAUGGAAUGGAGGCAAUCAUAUUCACAGCUCAAGGAGAUAUGAGACAGGCCAUAAACAAUACGCAGUCAACUUUCCAGGGGUUCGGCCAUGUGAAUAGUGAAAAUGUGUUCAAGGUGUGUGAUGAACCACAUCCCAUGCUGAUAAAAGACAUGUUACAGCACUGCGUGAAUGGCAACAUUGACGAGAGCUACAAGGUCAUGGCACAUCUGUGGAGGUUGGGAUAUGCACCGGAGGAUAUCAUUGCGAUUGUGUUCAGAGUCUGCAAAAAUCACACUAUGCCAGAAUUUCUAAAAUUGGAAUUCAUCAAGGAAAUUGGCCUUACUCAUCAGAGGAUAGCAGACGGUGUAAAUUCUCUUCUGCAACUAUCUGGAAUGUUAGCAAGACUUUGUAAAAUAUCAUCUGCGCCUGGCUCUCAUCAACAGUGAGGCAGACUUUAGGGAAUCAUAAACUUUACAGACUGGAAGCAUUUAUAGCAGAUUCUAGGACUAAUCUGGGACUGAAGAUAGUGAAAACUUAUCAGGAAAAUUAGUGUUAGACUAUCUGAUAAAGAUCUGAGUUCGACUGCCAUAACGGAGUAUACUACAUUGUAUGUUGGUCACAGAUCCAUUGAAUAAGAGUUGCAUUUUCAUUACAUGAACUGUAAUU